CUAGGGCUGCUCGGUUCUCUUUUGUUCGAGAGUCCGGUGAUAGAAGGAAAGGACAGACGAAGAGAACUAUGCUGUUGUCGUGAUUUUAAAAUCAUCUUUUUCAUCAAUUAAGGAACAUUUAUCUGCGGCGGAAUAGCCUGCUAACAUCAAUGUUAGCCACUAGCCUGUACGUGUAAAUGCUAUGUACUAGAAUGGACCUGUUGAACUCUCAGUUCCUGGACAAGAUGAACAAUAACAUUGGGAGACUACACUACGAAGAUGAGUCCAGGAUGCCCUCCCUGUCUACUGCUAUGUCAAAGAUAACUGGGCCUCCUCCACAGUGCCCAAGCAAAAGAAAGUAUGGAGAGGAACAAAUGGAACAUCAAAUCAGCUGUGAUGAUGACCACAUGACCAAAAUGAGCAGACUGUUGGCUACUCAGCUAGCCAGGCCCUCUGCUGGGAGUAACCAUACAGAGCACUGGAGCCUCAGUCACAGUCAAGUCGAGCACACUGCCUCAUCCCCGAAUGGUAUCCAUGGUAACCACCUGUAUGCAUCCAUUCCUGGCUAUGAUUUGGACCAGCCUCUGGCCCUGACCAAAAGCAGCCAUAACACGGGCAUCAGCAAAAUCCAGAAGGCUGUCGUCGGUGACGCAGUGGAACGGCCGCAGAACCGUCCUUCCGUCAUUACCUGUGCCCCUGCCAGCAACCGCAACUGUAACCUCUCACACUGCCACAUGAAUGGCUGCACUCCCUGUCUCCCUGCUGACCAGAAGAGGACCAACGCUAACACAGUCUGCGACCCAGUGAUUGAGGAGCACUUCCGCCGCAGCCUUGGGAAUAACUACAAAGAAUCUGAGCCCGUGUCCAACUCUGUGUCCAUCACAGGCUCUGUGGAUGACCACUUUGCCAAGGCACUGGGUGAUACCUGGCUCCAGAUCAAAGCCCGGGGCGGGGGUCACCAAACCCCGGAGGCUGACCUUUGAGCUACAAGAGAGCAAUUAAUCUAAUGACUUUUUCUCCGUGCGCGAGUGGAAACAGCUCGCUGUCAUUUCUUGCCUAUAAUUAAGUCUUCUUAGCCAAGAACAGAGCAACAUGUUGAGCAAACCAGCAGUUCGCUUGUGAACCUCACGGUCAGCCUUCUAGAACGCUCCGAUUUGGAUGUGACGCCUCGGUCAGAGAGGUCAAGCUAAACGUUUUCUAGUGCGAUGGAUAAACUCUACAGUUUAAUUUGUGGGGAUGAUAAGAUUCCCAAGACGGUCAGUUGUUAGUAAAAACUCACCUGCCUAAUAGCCAAAGACAUUUCCGGUGUUUUCCAACAUGAAAGCCAUAGAUCAAGCCUUUGAUAUUCAUCCUGAAAUGUGCUCAUUUUUGGAAUCUUUUAGUCGAAAAGGACAGCCAGGUCUCGCUUGCUCUCCUAAAUGAUGGCGCGGGGCAAUUAAUGUGUUGAAAAGUAAUGCUUUGGGAUGACACAAAGAAAGUUCUGGUCCCUCUGCUUUCUAUAAACACUCGUGUCAAACUGGAUGGAUCAGACAUGUAGAGUUUUAAGACACUAAUACCAAUCAGAACUGAUGCGUCUAAUUAGAGUCCAUGUCUAAGAUAGCUGGUUUUUAUUACAAUCCAUACUAUAUUUACUCCAAAUUUUAUUUUUUAUCUGUAACGUUUUAGAAAUACUCACUGCUGGUACAGUUGUACUCAAUCUAUUUUUUUUGGUAACACGUUUUCAUGACUAUAUGUAGGUGUAUCUCUUUAGCAUCCAUCUCCACAUGGCAGCCUCUGGAAAGGUUGGUCCUGAAUGCAGUUGGAUCCCUGUGUUCGUCUUUGUUUGUCUGCAGAGCAGGAUGCUGUAGCUUUACACGUGACUGAAAACAGCAAAAUCUCAUUUGUGUGUAGCAGUGGUUUUAUUUAUUCCUGCUGACGUCUGCUAAAGUUUAGUGAAAGAACUCCCUUUUUUCUAUCAUUUUACUGCAAACAUGUGAAGCGUUCGUUCAUGACAUUCCACUUUUUUGCUAUUCGUUGCAGCCUCUUUAGUUUUACAGCUUUUAAAAUGGGCAAAAAAAAAAACUCCCCCCCACAAAAAUGUUACAUUUUAAUUUGAAUUUGUAGUACCUACAUAUGAAAUAUGUAGAGUUUAUUUUGACCUGCUCAUGGAAACAGUCUCCUGUAGUUCUUUAUUUGUUACACUUGCUGUUAUGUUGGUAUUUUUCACUAAAGACUGUCAUUGCGCCGUGCGGAAUGACGUAGAGAUUUUUGUUUUUCUUUUUUACUCUGGAGUAGCGUACUCGUGUAGAACUAAUCUCCUUUUUUCAGAUGAUUAAUACGUGCGGGAACACAGCGAUCUUUUGAUGGAAGACUUCGUUCAGAGUUCAGAGUGAAACGUCUCUUAUGUGCCAUUAUAGAAAUGAGGGAUGAUCACUGAGUCUGCUUGUUUGAUACAAGUGUGUGUGUGUGUGUGUAUUAGGUCUCUGUUAUUUAAUUUCUGUUUUUAGACUACCUGUAUCUCGAAGAAUGUUUAUACAGUUUGACACUCAGAUCUGUUAUUGCAGAACUUAAAAAAAAGGUAGAUUUUUUUUCUUUUUUUUUUAUCACUAUUGUUAUUUUGUCUGGAAGACAAUACAGCUUUUUUUGUACUUACCUCUCUUCCAAAUAAAUAUAUAAUACCUAC